AUGAUUGAUUUUGAAAGACUACGUCCAGUUGGGCCCCUGGAGAAAUACUCCACCACGCGCCAUUCACUCGGACUAUAUUUUAACGUCGCGGUGUCGGCAACCUACAUCUUGCCGGAUACCUUCACUCUGCCGCUAAAAGACUAUGUAUAUAAAGCUUGUGAGACAUUGAUCGGCCAGCAUCCUAUCUUGUCCGCCAUCCCCAUCAGUGAAGAUACCGAAGAUACCUGGUUCGUGCGCCUCCCGGAGAUUGAUCUGAGCCAGUCGGUGGCAUUCCAAAGGCGCACCCGCGACUUUCCCGACAACAAUGAACCGGAUGUAGAAUUAUGCGAAUUGCUGCGAGUCCAACAUAGUACAGGGUUUGCUGCCCCCUUGCCGUACUGGAGACUAUUCAUCCUGACAGAUGAAGCGAAUGACCUGCGCUUUACCGCAGUCUAUGUGUUCCACCAUGCGAUUGGGGACGGGACUUCAGGGAAGGCAUUUCAUCAGACGUUCUUGGAUGCAUUGCACGCUGCUGCUACUUUCAUGACCCCAGGCGAGGUUAAACAAGUCGUUCAGUCGCCCACAUCACCUCUGCUACCUAAUCUGGAGGCGCUCCAUCCAUGUCCUACGACCAUACCUUUUCUUCUUAAUGCUCUUUUCAGAGCGAAAGUAUGGUCUCAUCGCGAUCCACGCCUCUGGACAGGCGCCAAAAUAUCUGCUCCAGUCAAGACCGAGUUACGCCAAAUCAUCAUCCCCGCAGCUGUGUCUGCAGCUUUCAGAAAGAACUGUCGUCAAAACAAUGCAACUGUCACCGCUGCUUUGCAGGCAGCGGUUGCCCGCGCUCUUCUCACCCACUUGCCAGUGAAGUAUACCAAAGUUCAAAUGAACGGCGCCAUCUCAUGUCGAAGGUGGCUGAAGGGAGGAGAAAUUAAAGAUCAGUCUAUGGGCGUUUGGGUCAUGGACUUUGCGGAAAGCUUCUAUCGGAACGAGGUGAAUCAAUAUCCCGACACCUUCCCAUGGGAUCAAGCCAGGAAGUCUCGUGCGACCAUCGAACAGGCACUGGGUCGCGAAGGAAAAAAUGCUGGCACAUGCUUGCUCAAACAUAUAGAUAACUUUCAGGACCUCUUCCGGGGAAAGAUUGGCAAAGACCGUGAUGAAAGCUUUGAAGUUUCCAAUGUGGGUGUCUUGCAGUCCAAACAGGAAGAAGAUCCGUCGCGGCCGCAGACCACACGGGCGAUGUUCUCCCAGACACCCAGUGCUUUGGGUGCAGCUUUGGAGGUCUCGUCAAUCACCGGUGGUGAUGGCUGUCUGGUUUUGGGGAUCACAUGGCAGACAGGCGUCGUGGAGCCAGAGCUCGUCAAUGCAGUUAUUGACACGCUAGUGAAGGAGCUACACGAUGCUGCACUCUGA